AUGGCAUCAAGGGCAAUUCUAAUCAGAUCAACAAGACUUCUUGGAAGGUCGUCGUAUAGUGCAUUAAGAACUCCAUGGAGAUUUCCAACCAGAUCAUUCACAACGGAGCAAUUGGAAAUUCUUAAUCAAGAAAGACCAAGUGAUCAUGUUGACGUCUGUAUAGUUGGUGGUGGACCUGCAGGGCUUGCAACUGCAAUAAAGUUGAAACAAUUGGAUAAUGAAAAAGGUAGUGGUGAAUUACGUGUUGUUGUUCUUGAAAAAGCAGGUGAUUUUGGUGGUCACACUGUUAGUGGGGCCAUUCUUGAACCUGGUGCAUUUUUAGAAUUAUUUCCUGAUGCACAAGAUUUAGUUGAAGAAUCAGGUGGAAUUCCGUUACCUAAGGACAUUGUAACUAAAGUCACCAAAGAUGGUAUGAAAUAUUUAACUGAAAAACAUACAUUCCCCUUGCCUGAAGUACCUGCAUUGGCAAACCAUGGCAAGAAUUUUGUGGUUAGUUUGAAUAAUGUUGUCAAAUAUCUUUCUGAACAAGCUGAAGAACUUGGAGUUGAAUUAUAUCCUGGUAUUUCUGUCAGUGAAUUAAUCUAUAAUGAGCUGGGUGAUGCCAUUAAAGGGGUAGCUACUCAGGAUAUGGGUAUUGCCAAAGAUGGAACACCCAAGGAUUCAUUUGAAAGAGGUAUGGAAUUCCUUGCUCGAGUUACAGUGUUGGCCGAAGGAUGUCAUGGAUCUUUAACUAAAAAGGCGAUUUCUAAAUUUGAUUUACGUAAAGAUUGCUUGCCCCAAACUUAUGGAUUAGGAAUUAAGGAAGUCUGGGAAGUAAAACCGGAAAAUUUCAAACCUGGAUUUGUAGCCCAUACUAUGGGUUACCCACUUUCAUUUCAAGAAUAUGGAGGAGGGUUCCAAUACCAUUUUGGAGAUGGGUUAGUUGCUGUGGGUUUAGUUAUUGGUUUAGACUAUGCUAAUCCAUAUGUUUCUCCUUAUCAAGAAUUCCAAAAGUUAAAAUUACAUCCAUAUUACAGUAAAGUUUUGGAAGGAGGUAAAUGUAUUUCAUAUGCUGCUAGAGCCUUGAAUGAGGGUGGAUAUCAAUCUAUUCCUCAGUUACAUUUCCCAGGUGGGUUACUUGUUGGAUGUUCGGCCGGGUUUGUUAAUGUUCCUAAAAUUAAAGGAACCCAUACUGCCGUUAAAAGUGGUAUUGUUGCUGCUGAAGAAAUAUUUAAGAUUUACCAAGAACAAGAAUUCGAACCAGUUGACGAAGACACUUUUGACGAUGAAUACAAGGCUCUUGACUUGAGCUCUUAUGAAGAAUCAUUUAAGCAAUCGUGGGCCUAUAAGGAACUAUACGCGGUUAGAAACGUUCGCCCUUCAUUCAAUACUCCUUUGAGAAUACUAGGAGGGUUAACACAUUCAGGAUUAACAACCUUGAUUACUAAAGGUUACGAGCCAUGGACUUUGAAACAUAAACAUACUGAUUCAUCCAUGACUCAAGAUGCAAGUAAAUUUAAACCUAUAGAUUAUCCUAAACCAGAUGGGGUAUUAACUUUUGAUAUUUUGACUUCAGUUUCAAGAACUGGUACUAGCCAUGAUGAAGAUGAACCAUGUCAUUUGAAAAUUCCAAAUCAAGAUGAACGUAAACAUGCCGAAAUUUCAUGGCCAAAAUAUAAGGGUGUGGAGCAAAGAUUUUGUCCUGCUGGGGUUUAUGAAUAUAUUGAAGACGCAAACGAACCAUUAGGAGUUAAAUUCCAAAUCAAUAGUCAGAAUUGUAUUCAUUGUAAGACAUGUGACAUUAAAGUGCCUACUCAAGAUAUCGACUGGGAAGUUCCUGAAGGUGGGGAUGGACCAAAGUACUACAUGUCUUAG